AUGAUGAUGACGUGCCGUCUGCUGUGCGCCCUGUUGGUGCUUGCCCUGUGCUGCUGCUGCCCGUCGGUGUGCGCUGCAGCGACUGGUGAAGUCGAACUCCCCGGCUUGAGUUCAUCGUCCUCUGAGCCACAAGUCAAAACUAAGUCUGAUGCGGGACUGGGAAACGGAAAGGGGGGUGACCGAGCGCCAGAAAAUGAGGAACCUACCCCGUUAAGGGAAAAGGAGGAUCCUGUUAAGGUGCAGAUACCAAGUGCAACGACUAACACGACUACGACAAAGGCACCAACUACAACAACGACCACGACUACAACAGAGGCGCCAACCACGACGACCACCACUACAACACAGGCACCAAGUACUACGACUACAGAGGCGCCAACAACGACGACGACCCGCGCACCGUCACGUCUUCGCGAAAUCGACGGCAGCCUCAGCAGCUCUGCGUGGGUGUGUGUCCCGCUGGUGCUCGCCGCAUCCGCGCUGGCGUACACCACUGUGGGCUGA